UGUUCCGGUAAUCCGUUCAGGUUCAGUUAAGUGAUAUUGAUCAAUUCAAAGGUGGCCAACAAUUUCCAAGAGUUGUGCACGGUUUGCAAAUAAGUGAUCAAAAAACCAACGCUUCGCAUCCGUCAAUAUUAUUGCGCAAUACGCGUCAAAAUUGUGCCAUAUAUGUAUGGGUGUCGCAAUAAAUUGACACAGUGGGAAUUAUUGUCGGGAAAUUAUUGACAAAAAUCGCGCCAAAAACCCUUGAGGUUGCUACGUUAUCCUUCUUCGAUUGAUCAAUCGUUCUUUCGAACUACCGCACGGUAUUGACGUUAACGUUAAUCCUAGCAACCAUGGAAGAUCAGAAGCCGAACGUUAUGAGUAAAGAAGAUAGGAAAAUGGCGGAGCAGCAAUUUAUUCGGGAAUUUCUUGAAUUGUACCACAAUCUGCCAGCGCUGUGGGACGUGAACAACAAAAUAUACACCAAUCGCAUGAUCAAGGCGGAGCAGUAUCGUAUACUUACCAAUAAGUACCAAGAGAGAUAUCCCAAUGCUGACAAGGACGAAGUGACCAAAAAAAUCAAUUCUUUGCGAACAAACUUCCGCAAAGAGCUCAAACGAAUUCGCGAAGCAAAAGAAAAUGCGACCAAUCCAGAGGACGUAGUACCUACGUUAUGGUAUUUCGAAGAAAUGAGUUUUCUUGCUAAUCAAGAGACUCCAAUCUUAAAAAUGAACGUUCCUGUGGAUAAUGAAGGCAUGAAGACCGAUGAAGAACUACCAACAACUUGUAAAGGAAAUAAGAGCUUUAAAUUGGAGAUGAAUCGUGCAUCUCGGCGAGAAAAAAGAAAACGUUCAAUUUCCGAUCCGCUCAGAGUAGAACACGUGCCGACUGCAAUGCCUUCUCACCUCCAAAAACAAGGACCGGACGAUUACGAUAAAAUAGUUUCAGUAUGGGCAGACGAGCUCCGCAAAAUGGACCCACAGCAACAGCUAUUUGCGAAAAAAGCCAUCAAUGAUAUUCUCUUCGAGGGACAAAUGGGAACCUUGCAUCGUCAUUCUGUGGAAAUUAACGUCUCUAAUAUGGCAUUCGCCCCCCCUAUGCAUCCGCCCUGCAUGUCUCCACCAAAUAGUUCUCAAUCCUUAUCAUAAUUUAAUCUUCGUCGUGAGUUAUGAGAUACAUUUUCAUGUUACGGUACAUUUCUGUAACGUAUUCUAGAAUUAUUCCAUCAAAUUUCUGACUGUAAUUUUAAUUAAACAAACAAAAGUUUAUAAUAAAACAAAUUUACUUGCACUAGGCCUGGAAUGGAAAUAUUACUUACCUUAGUUUUUAUCGAAUGGUGGUGACCUAU